AUGGAUGAAGACAAGGUGGAAUCUCGACAGAUGGGGCCCCGGCCCUCAGUGUUGAAUGUAGGAGGCCAGUUCAGUACCAUCGUGUUGGUGGAUGUUAAUGGCAGGCCCACGAUGAACCUCCAUCGAGUCCCUCAACACGUUUGUGUGGGUGACGUCAAAAAUAAAAUCUCAGAACGGCUCUUGGAAGUCGGCCGUAAUCUACCACCUGACCUCAUAAUACUGAACUACGGAGAAAACGCCGAUAUCGAAAUGGAGAACUCCGCCCCUUUAAACAAAUAUAAUACCAUGGGGCUCUCGAAGAUUCAAGUGCAGAUCGUCAAGAGACACAAAGCCGAAAUUAACGUCGUCGUCAUCAAACCUGAGAAGCAAUGCCUUUGUAUCAAGACUUCUUCCCGAGAGGAGCUUCCAUUCCAGGUCCUCGUGCCUGGCAGCUGCUACAUCAAACAGCUCAGGAUGGAAAUUGCUCGUCGAAUGAACUGCAACAUUGACCGUCAUAGCUUGGAGCUGUUUUACGAUCCUAACUUGCAGAUGCACGUCAUUGUGGAAGGCACAUGCAGGGCCAGCGGGAUAGUGCAUGGCUGUACAGUGUACAUGAAGCUUUACCCCAACUUUGAUGUGAACAAUCUGGCCCCCUUGGAAGCUCCAAGAACUCCUGCGGCUGGGUCCGGAGACAAGAAACAGGGGGACGAAGCUGCAGAGGGAGAGCAGAAGGGCGAAGAAGGACUUCUGACAGAAAGCACUGAGGCAGAGGAAGUUAAAGAAGCUCCCAAAAGCGCAUUGCAGCUUGACUUUGAGAAGAAAGCUGGGAAAUCCCUGGCAAUGCCUGUGACUCAGGCGGCGGAGUUCGCCAGAAAACUGGGUUACAGCCCCGCACAGAGUGACCUCGUUGGGCUACCAGGCCAGGUUGACUAUAAGGGAUUUCAAACUUUUCUUACGUGCUCCCUCCACGCAGAGGACCUAGCGGAAUCCUUCCAGGAAUUUUUCAGUACCUUCGACAUUCAGGCCACUGGAGACUUGACCGCGAAACAACUCUGCAAUAUUGUCCAAAUGUAUGGCGACGAGCCGCUCUCCAAGGCGGAAGCAGAGAAAUUCACAAAAAUCAUCAUGCAGGGCCAUUCCGCGAUGCCAAUAAGGGUUGUCGUGGACAGGAUUAUGGAGGGCCAGAUCUGA